UCUCUCUAAUAUCCCUGCGCCAUUACUACCAAUAUAUAUUGAAUUCUUUCUUCUCAGCAGCUAUAACAAAAAGGCGUAUACUGAAAUAGUCUGAGAGUGACGAAUCAAAUUUAUUUCGAAGAGUUAUUUUUAGCAAUUUUCAUAUAUAUUUUUCCAAAAAGAAAAACCGAAACACAAAAUAAAUUAGUUUUAUUAGUGAUUGAAAGUGCGGUUGACGCUUUAACGAACGCUGAGAAUAUAUUCACUGAGAGUUGAAUUUUCGAAUUUUUUUUGUGGGCGAGAGAGAAUCGAGAAAGAAAGAAGAAGGAAGAAAGAAAAAAAUUUGCGCAAAUUUUCGAUCCGACAAAUACAUACAGUUCGUUCGUUCGGUUUUAUGCAACAAUUACCACAAGUUUUUUGAGUGUCUCUCUAUCUCUUUCUCUUUGUUCCUGUGGCGUUCGACAGCGAGAAGUUUUUGUUGAGAUUUUUUUUGCCAAUUUGGACGACAACUUUAGCGCACCAAGACAAGAAAGUUAUUUGUAGCAAGAAAGAAAACAAAGCGACUACAACAAAUAUGAGCUGGCAAGAUUACGUUGACAACCAACUUUUGGCUUCCAAAUGCGUAUCGAAAGCAGCAAUUGCUGGACACGACGGCGGAAUCUGGGCAAAAUCGGAUAACUUUGAAGUAACCAAAGAAGAAAUUGCCAAAUUACUUCAAGGCUUUGACAAACCAGACAUACUUGCAAAUGGCGGUGUUACAUUAGCCGGUCAGCGAUACAUUUAUUUGUCAGGAACGGAUCGUGUCAUUCGAGCAAAGCUCGGCCGAAAUGGUGUACACUGCAUGAAAACUGCUCAAGCGGUCAUAGUUUCCAUCUAUGAAGAUCCAGUUCAGCCACAACAAGCUGCAUCAAUCGUCGAAAAACUGGGUGAUUACCUAAUUACGUGUGGAUAUUAAGCCGAUGCCGAACUGCAGCGAUAGCCGCGGCCAGCAAACAACAACAAAAAAACAACAACAACAAGAGUAAUAUUAAUAAUAACAACAACAACAACAACAACAAAAUGAUUGCAACAUACACACACCACACAAAAAUAAUAGCCGAUCACACACAGAUAAUCAAUAUAAAAUUUAAAACAUCAAAAAAAAUCCAUUGCGAAUAAUCCAUUUUGUAACUUUAAUAUGAUCGUAAUAAAAAAUAAGAUGAAAAAAAGCUAAAAAAAAAA